AUGUCCCGGCACAUGUCUGACCUGACUAUCGAUAUCCAGGCUAACUAUACAUUAAUAUCACCAAACGUGGCGGCUGUAUCUUCAUCGGAUAACCACUCCGCAGUGGACGGGGUGAAUUCGCCCAGUGGUAUCAGCAGUGGCAACAGUCGCCCUAUUAUCAUCAUAGCGCUUAUUGGUGUCAUCCUGGUUGCGAUAACGAUAGCAACCAUUCUCGGAAACGUGCUUGUAUGCCUUGCUGCAGUGGUGAAUCGAAAGUUGCGAACCGUUACCAAUUUCUUCGUCGUCUCAUUGGCGGUAUCUGAUAUGCUGGUCGGUCUCCUGGUCCUCCCGUUUUCUGCAAUUUACGAGAUUCAACGAUCCUGGCCAUUCGGUGUCGUCCUCUGCAAUAUAUGGAUAUCCAUGGAUGUGCUGCUUUGUACAGUAUCGAUUUUAAAUUUGUUUGCCAUUAGUUUAGACCGCUAUAUAGCUAUCACAAGACCUAUGCGGUACCCAAGCAUUAUGACAACUACGAAAGCCUCCGUUGCAUUAGUGGUAAUCUGGAGUGUCUCCUUCCUUGUUUCAUUUUUACCGAUUCACAUGGGAUGGAAUACUCUAGACGGGAACAUAGAAAAUAUUAACGACCCGACCAACUGUAACUUCGACGUCAGCAACGGGACUUAUGUGCUAAUCGAUGGUCUAGGUACGUUCUUUUUACCGUUGAUUAUCAUGUUGUGUACGUACUUCCGCAUUUUCCGAAUUGCGAGAGAGCAGGCUAAGAGAAUCAGCAAUUUACCGAAGAUAGACGGAAGUAAUACUUCACGUGCCGUGGACGAACAUAAAGCCACGAAAACACUGGCAGUAGUAAUGGGAGCAUUCACAGUUUGCUGGAUGCCUUAUUUCACGUUGUUCGUUAUGAGACCGUUCAUCUUCUCCCCUGGAGAAGACGUCAAUUACGAUUUAUACUCUGUAUUUCUCUGGAUGGGAUAUGCGAACAGCACUCUUAACCCAAUCGUCUACACAGUGCUUAAUCAAGAGUUCAGAAAUGCGUUUAGGGACCUUCUCUGCCACUGCGUCAGAACCAAGCGGUCACAAAUUAAGCGCUGUGCAAAUGAAUGCUGA